GGUGAGCGAGUGGGUUGUACUUUUUUCCUGUUUUGUAACGUUUGAUCCUGCUAAGCCCCGCCCCCUGAAGAUAACGCAUGUUUCUUCAGCCCAGCGGGGAACCCAGACGCAAUCAGCUGCGGCGUGGGGAUCCCCGCAAAGGAUCGGGAGAUAAGAAUGGUUUGAGUUCUGCUGAAUGGGAGACGGAGGGAGAAUGGUGGACCUGUCCUCGGAGUGGAACAUCUCUUUCGCAGGCUGUGGAUUUAGGAGCAUCUACUACGUCGGAGCUUUGAGCUGCAUCCUGGAGUUUGUCCCUGAGCUGCUGCACGGAGCCUCUAAGUUUGGGGGGGCCUCCUCCGGUUGUCUGGUGGCAGCAGCCCUGGCUGUGGGGAUUCCCAUUGAACAGCUGUGUUUCAGCAUUUUAAACCUGGCAAAGGAGGCCAGAAAACACACUCUGGGAGUUUUCCACCCGACCUUCAGGAUGCUGCAGACGGUGCGGCACUCUUUGCUGGAGAAGCUCCCGCCGGAUGCCCACCUGCGGGCGUCAGGGAGGCUCUGCGUGUCCCUCACCAGGCUGGCGGACGGACAAAAUGUGCUGGUGUCGAAGUUUGACACUAGAGAGGAGCUCAUUCAGGUACUCAUGUGCAGCUGCUUUUUCCCCGUCUACUGUGGCUUUAAACCACCGUCAUACCACGGAGUGCACUAUAUGGAUGGAGCUCUGAGCAACAACAUGCCCCUGUUUGAGCACAGAAACACCAUCACCAUGGCCCCCUUCUCGGGCGAGAACGACAUCUGCCCCAGGGAGGGGACCUUCAACUUUUUCGAGGUCCACUACGGCAACGUGAGCAUUCAGGUUAACACCGGCAACGUCUACCGUGUGUGUACCUCGUUCCUCCCUCCAACUCUGGAGAAGCUAGCUGAGAUCUGCCACAAUGGCUACAUGGACGCUCUUCGUUUCUUGAAAGAAAGGGAUCUGCUCGGUGCGAAGCACAUCCCUCGGAGUUUAUUGCUUGGGAAAGGCUGGACCACACCUGCUUGUCGUGAGCGUGGAAAAGAGCGGGCUAAUGCAGAAGAGGCCAGGCUGAGCAAGAUGAUGCUGCGCAAAGGAGGAACCCGUCAGCAGGAGGAGCAGACACAGCUUAGCCACAAAGUCACCCACAGCCUCCCCGCCAGCAUCCAGGAAGUGCUGCAUGAGGCGUGCCAGCAUAAUCGCGACCCAAGCAGCUGGUGGUCUCGGUUUACUGACUUCCUCCCAAUAAAACUCAUCAUUUACAUGCUGACUCUGCCCCUCCGGCCUAUCCAGCUCGGCCUCUCGCUUGCCAAAGGUCCUUCGGCUCGGACCGCGCCGACCGCACAGAGGGAGACACAAAGUCUGAACCCAGACUACUUUUAGUCCAGUUGUUCAUUUGGUCCUUUGUUGGUUUUUGUAUCAGGACAAGAUUCUCUAGAAAAUGUCCAAGAUGAUGUUGGACACAGAAAGCAUGUAAAAAAUGGGAAUGUGUCCAUUUGCAGAAGUAUAUGUAAACUAUUUUAUUUAACUUCAUAAUUUCUAAUGCUCUUAUCAAAUAAAGGUCAUAUUUUCUUGAA